AUGGACAAGGUCCAGUUGAUCAGACAGAGAUUGCUUACAGCUCAAAGUAGACAAAAGUCUUAUGCUGAUAAGAGAAGAAGAGAUUUAGUGUUCACAAUUGGGGACAAAGUAUUCCUACGAGUCUCCCUUAUGAAAGGUGUGAUGCUGUUUGGGAAAAGAGGUAAGUUGAGCCCCAGGUUUAUAGGACCGUAUGAGAUACUAGACCGAGUGGGAGUUGUGGCUUAUCGUUUGACACUUCCUCCUGAGUUGUCCUUUAUUCAUCCAGUGUUUCACGUCUUAAUGCUAAGAAAAUGUAUAUCAGACUCAUCUCAGAUGAUUGAAGCACCGACUAUACCACUCGAUAAGAGGUUGUCUUACGAGGAGGAGCCAAUGGUUAUUGUUGAUAAACAAAUAAGAAAACUAUGGUCAAAAGAAAUCGUGUUCGUGAAAGUCUUAUGGAUAAAUCAUACAGUUGAAGAAGCUACUUGGGAAAUAGAAGAUACUAUGCGAGUCAAGUACCCCCAAUUGUUUCAGUCUACAGGUACGUACUUGAGAUAA